AUCAGACAAAUAAAAAAAAAAGAAACGGGGCGCUUGCCUAUGCGGUGAACUUUUAUUUUUUCACGAUAAAAACCACAAAAAUUCUUUUACAAAUUCAAUAGUGUUAACCCAAAACCAUAGUAAAUACUCCUCUUAAAAGAAGAGUCAUUCAACAUCUUCUUCCAAUUACUUUAAUAUCAAAUUUAAUCCUCCAAAUCUGCAAAAGUUAAAAUUCCAUUUGCAGCAAAGAUUUGUCCCAUAGCCAAAUGUGUUAUGUUAAUAGCGUUUCUAUCUGUUUUACUAUUAUUAAAAAAUACUUUUAGUUUUUAUUUUAACAAAAAAGAACAACAACAUCAUCCGGAGAAUUCAUCCAAGAACCAAGAAGUCACUAAGCCAAUAGAUAAUAAAAUGAGCAACUUCCUAACAAAAUCCAGCAGCGACAUCCUUUCGUCGAAUGUUAUUGUAUUUAAGUCGGGCGACAAACAGCAUUGCUAUGAGAUCAACGAACCGAACGUGACUAUUGUCGGAAGCGCCGGCAGUCAUGACCAUGGCAGUUCGAAAGUGAAACUUAAAAACAUAGUCGACUACAAAUGGGAGACAAAGAAUUAUCCAGGUCACUUAAUAGCGGUUCAUAUUGAUGGCAAACACAUAGCCUACGUUAUCAAUGUUAAUAACAAAAUCUCAAGAACUGAAGGUAUGGUUCGAGUGGUAAAUGCGACUUCGGGACUUCGAGCACUGAUCAAGGGAAUGUCCGGCGAAGUGUUGGAUCUGCAAUUUGCUCACAUCGAGAACGAACGAAUAUUGGCGUCGAUCGAUGCAUGUUCGUUGUAUGUCCAUAAAAUCGAUAUGAUCAGUGAGACAUUGGUGUGCAAUCUACUGAUCAAGAUCGAAGAUCCUCUGACUAAUUACACUCCAAAGUAUGACAAAAUCUCAUGGUGCCCGUAUGUGGAUUGUUCGAGCGAUGACGACGAAGAGAGCAAUCAGUUGAUUGUGUGGGCCAGAGGCAGCAUUUAUCAGUGUUUCAAUGUGAACACCAUCAAUGUCAACUAUGGGCAGAUUGGCAAAUUUUGUCCCACAGACAUAGCCACUGGUUAUCUUAAAUUCUACGAACCUACUUUAGUUAUAACAUGGGUAGCCCUAUCACCCGAUGGUACAACUCUAGGCGUUGGCGGUGAAGAUGGUAUUAUUCGUUUCUAUCAGAUUUGGUCGCAGGUGUAUUUUCACGAAAAAGAACCAAGAUGUUUGCAUCAAUGGAAACCUCAUGGUGGCAAACCGAUUUCAUCGUUUUUCUUUUUGGAUAAUUUAACAAAAACAUCAUCAGAUUCAUAUUGGAAAUAUGCCCUAACUGGUGCCGAUGACAAUACAGAGUUCAAGAUUUGGGACUGCGGUUCGUGGGAGUGUUUGCAAACAAUCAACAUUAAGACAAGCGAAGAUAAAAAGCUGAAAUUCAUCGCUGAGAUCGAUAGAACCUCGUCGUAUUUAGUUAUAUCAAAUUUAGAUACUCGUGUCAUGUAUGUCCUGCAGAUUAUAACCGCUCCCGACGGUACACCUUCCUUGGAUAUGAAUGCAACAACAACUGGAGGUGGUGUUGUUGGUUCAGCUAACAACUCGAUCAUAGUGACCAACAAUGACCAAGUUAAGAAAAAGACCUUCGGAGUGUGUGUGAAGAGUGUUUCGGAGUUUCCCCUAUCAUCACCGAUUCUCAGUUUUUCAAUUGUUGAUGCUGCCGUUCGUCGUUACAAAUGCGCAAAUGACAAUUAUUUAGUCGAUGAAAUGGAUGACUACGAUGAGGAGACAAAUUCUAUUUAUUGUGUUGUUGUUCGAAUGUUUAUUGUGCAACCGAAAAGCGUACAAGAAUGUCAUAUUCUCUAUCAGCCAACUGUGGACGAGAAUACCGAUGUAAAAAGCAGUAUUUCCAAUGAUAGUACAAAGGAAUUUAUAGAAAAUUCAAGUGAAAAAUCAAAUGAUAAGGACUUGGAUAAUGUGGCUGUGCAGCAAGCAAUUAGUGUUGGUGGCGGUGGUGGUGGUGUAGUAAAAAGCGAGAAAGGACCGUUGGAGGCACUUUUCGAUCGUGUAUCAUCAUCAUCUACUGCUCAGGCAAAUGUGGUUGGCGUUGACAAGACUGAUUCUCCAAACCCGUCACCACAUUUGUCAACUAGUAGUCAUAAGAGUUUUACACAGGUUAAUUUGAUGACACCAGAUGCAUUUAGUUCAUCAUCAACUGGAAAGAAAAGUCCGGAAAUUGUAAGCUCUGAAGUUUUAAAUACAAUUCUUAUGUUGGCAAGUGUAACAGGAUCAAAUACAUCUGCCAAUAAACCUGACAACAUGAACUUAUUGAAUUUAAGAAAUAAUAAAAUUAUAGAAGAUCAAGAACAACAAAAAAUAAAGCAGUCUAUGGAAACUCACAAGAAGUUCAUGGCAAUUGAAAAUAGUUCAAAUCGCAAUAACAUAGAUAAUCUAACAAGUGGAAAUUCCAGUCCCAGUCGUGAAGUUCAAGAAAUUAUGUCACUACAGGAUUACGAUUGUCGAAAGAGUUCAUAUAGUGGUGAUGAAACAGAUCAAGGCAAACCUAAAAAUGGGCCUUCUACGAAAAUUAUCAAUAAAUUGCCUGAAAAUCAAAAUGAAACAUUUACAGAAACUGAAAAGAAGAUUCCACCUCCAACAGCGACAAUCAUGACUAGCAUAUGGCCAAAAGUGCCAGAUGUUCGCACAGUUAAGAAACACUCGACUGAACUUCAAAAUUCCGAAAACCUCAUAACAACUUCAGAGCCAAACAACGAUUUGAGCGAUAUCAAUAUGAAAAUGAGUAAAAUUUUAGAUUUAGUUCAAAAGCAAUCGGUUCAAAUCAAAGUUCUUCAAAACGAAAUCACCGAACUGAAAGAAGGCAAUAUCCAAAACUCCUUCAAAGAUAUGAAAGACUUUUCGUUUAAAGUUGAAAUGCAACUAUCCAAACUAAUGGAAUCAUAUUUAAAACGCUACGAGAACGAACACAAAAAGAAACUAAGUGCGUUCCUAGCUGGCAGGGAAGCUCAAAAUCGUGAACUUCGUGAUACAUUUGUGCAGCUUAUUAACCAAUUUACACUCACCCGCUUGACCGAAGUGAUUUCCAAAGUAAUCACUAUUGAAAUUCAAAGACAAAUAAUGCCUAUGUUAUCUGCAAAGAUUGAUGGACUGCAACAACAAAUUCAAAUGGACGUAGCCAAUAAGUUGGCUGCUUUCGAUAUGAUGCUGAAGGAUAAUAUAGCUCAUGUGUGUAAGAGUAAGAAUAUCAUUGAUGCAUUUGGAAAAUCUGUAUUAGUUGGAGUUCAGGGAAGUCUUCAGAGUGCUUUUGUUGAAUCUAUGUCAAGUACAUUAAUACCGGCGUAUGAAAAAUCCUCACAAAAUAUGUUCAAACAAUUGCACGAAGCUUUCUCUGUGGGUAUUAAAGAAUUUAUGGAGCAAUUUGAUAAUUAUUUAUCACAUCUUCAACCAAUGCAAGACUCAACUGAAGAGAUUUUAAAUAAAUUCUCAGGAUUUAGACAACAUUUGGAUUCGAUAUUAAUAAAACAUCGAAAUACUGUACAAGAAUCGAUGUUGGAUACGAAAAAAGACGUUAAACAUAUGGAAAUAAUGUUAACGAGACAAAUAGCAGAAGUUGUGCGAAGUGAAGUACGCAAAGGCUUUGAAUCUCAGACUGCAGCCCUACGCUCACAAGCCACAACACCGGCUCCAUCAAUCUAUGACAUUAAAGAUCAAAUAAAACUCCUUCUUAGCACAGGUCAAAUAAAUAAAGCUUUUCAUCAAGCCCUUCUAGCCAACGAUCUAUCCCUGGUAGAAUUUACACUCCAGCGAGCCGAUCACAAUGCAGUAUUUCAUCCUUGUUGUCUCGAGCAAAAGGUUUUACUUUCUCUCAUUCAACAAAUUUCAGCUGAUAUGAGUAAUCACAAUGAAGUCAAGCAAAAUUAUUUAGCGGAUGCAAUUUUAAGCAUAAAUCCAAAUGAUCCAAUCACAAGAGAACAUGCCCCUAAAGUAAUGCAAGAGCUAUAUCGUAAUUGCCAAGCAUUCCUAUUAACUCAAACCAAGAACCCUCAAUGUAGUAAUGUUCGUAUGCUUAUGAAGGCAAUUCAGGGAUUAAGCACAGAGAAAUCCUACUGAUAGCGAAAAAUUGAAAUAUUAUAUUUUACUAUUUUUAUUUUUUUUUUUAAAUUAAAAUUGACGAAGAAUAAUUAUUAUUUUCCAUUUAUCAUUUUCUUUCAUUAGUUUUUUCUUUUAAUCAUGUACUUGACCAAUUAUCUUUUUGUGUAUUGUUUUGUUAACUUUUAUUUUUCUUUUCUUUUUCGUCAAAAUCAAAUUUAGUUACUUUUUUCCAUUUUAACUGUGAACAAACGAGACGUAUUGUCUAAAAAAAUAUUUAAGCAUUGUUGUGCUGAAUCAAAAAUAAUAAUUAUAAAAAAAAAAGAAAACAAAAAGUUAUUAACUUGCGAAUAAAAGUUUUGUAAUGUAGCCACUUUAAGCAAUUGAAAAAAAAAAUAAAUAAACUUUGUAAAAUGUAAAAAUAACAUUAAAAAAGAAACAAAAAAAUA